UAAAGCUUAAAAACUCGAAAGUUUGGUUAUGGUGCGAUGGCUGUCAUCGAGUUUUAUUUUAUUAUUUUAGAAAAUAAGGAUAGAAGCAUUGAGUUUAAUUGAGGAUGAAGCUAUUUUCGUGAAUAAUGUACAUGUUUUAUAGAUUUCCAAUAGUUUUAAGUGUGACAAUCUCGUACCGGUAGUUGCUAUAAUUCAGAGAUGUUUAGUAAAUGAGCAUAAUAAUUGUCGACGAUGGCGUCCGAUGGAGAAAUUUCAUGUACGACUGAUCCCAAUUUCGCUGUUAUUUACUCGUUUUUGAAAGUUUUCGGUAAACUGUACGGUUUGGAGAUACCUACGAUAGCCAAAUUGCAAGAACUAGUAGAGAAUACACAAGAAGUGUUGGAUCCGUUAAAGGAGUUGCAUGUAAGGUUGUUACGAAGAGCACUCAAGUCUAUUCAAGUGAACCGUUGGGAAAGGGCUCUCAUAAAGUUUUGUCAUCAACAAAGAUAUCAUCAGGAAGCUUGGGAGAUUGAGAGAUUUUCUUACAAGAAAGCUAGCACUCAAGUCAAAUUGAGAAUUUUAAAGUUACUCCUUGAAUACCAGUUUACUUGUCAUCCAAAGUUUAAAAAUGCUGUCAAUGCAUUAUCAAGUGAAGAGCUGAGAUUGGAUCCUAUUGGUCGGGAUAAAUUUGGUUGUGUUUACUGGCUGCAGAUUGACCAUGAAGCCAACCUGUGCAUGUACAAAGAAGAUCAGGAUGAGGAGACGUGGCAAUUAAUUGCUAGCAAUAGAGAAGAGUUUGUCAAAAUUAUAAGCCAAUUGAAAAGUGGUGAGCCAGUGUGUCAGCCUGUGACCAAUGAGGAUUCCAGCAGUGUUGAUGUUCCAACUCAAAUUGAGGCUAGUAAAUCAGAAGUUGAGGAAAAUGAGGAAGAAUUCCUAAGCCCUGAAUCUGAAUCUGGCAAUGAAAGUGAUGAGCCUAAGGCAGAGAAAUGCAAAGGAGUUACAACUAAGGAAGAAGUAGAACCCCCUAAAGAUGAUUCACCAAUAGAUAUUGUAAAUGAUACUGUAAAAGAAAUAGUUGAAGAAUGUAAUAAUUCUGUAGAUAAAGUAGAAAACGAAAAAGACAAUAUGACAAUAACCAAUGAAACUGAUAGUAAAAAGGAUUUAGAAAAAAGUGAAUCAAAUAUGGCCGAAAUAGAGACAGAUAAUAAAGAAGAAACUAAAGAACAAGAUAUUGGUGAAGAAAUUGACAAAGUAGUUGGUGAUGAAACUAGUGAAAACGUUGCCAAUAAAACUAGUGAAAAAAUUGGCGACGAAAUUGGUGAAAAAGGUGGUGAUGAAAUUGGUAAAAAAGUUUAUGAUCAAAUUGGUGAAGAAGUUGGUGAAGAAGUUGGUGACGAAAUUGGUGAAGAAAUUGAGGAGCCCGUAAUGGUAAUAAAAGGGGAAGGUAAUGGUGAGGAUUGCGAAAGUUCCUACUUUAUUGGUGAAGAGAUAUCUGAACCAGUAAUGUUUAUCUAUGGUGAUGGUUGGGGAUGGGACAAUGAUACUGGCAACCCUGAAGUGUUAGAACAAGAGGACAACACUGAAUUAGAAGAAAAUUCAGAUGUAGAUAAUCCAAACGAAGAAGUUUUAAAUGGAGAGCAUGCAAAUAAUGUUAAGAAAGCUAAUAGUAGGGUUAAAUUAAAUAAAAGUGCUAAAUUAAAGUGUAGAUUAUCGUCAGUAACGAAAAGGUCUUUAAGAAAACAAUCAAAUGAUAAUCCAGAUGUAACAAAAUCGGAAUCAAAGAAGCAUUGCGUACGAAAUUUGGAUAAGUCAAAUGGUUCAAAUUCUAUAGCCACGAGUAGUGAAAAAGAAUUAAGGAGAGAUAGCGUUCACGAAAAAAGUACGGAUUGCGAAAGUACAGGUAAAAAAACGAAAAAAAUAAUCAGGAAAGUGAAGAAGAGAGAAGGAAUGAGAACACUUAGGAAUAACAAAGAAAUAGUGAAUUCAAUAUCUGAACCUGAAAGUCCUAGGAAUAGUAAAUCGAGUAUUAUUGAAAAAAGAAAAAGCAGCGUGUCGUCAGAACAUGACGGAAAUGCGUCAGAAAAUGUAGAAAAUGAAAAUGUAGAAGAUGAAGAAGUAAAAAUAGAGGAUACUUUGCCGCCCAAAAAGAUACGCUUAGAAUCAACACCGGAACCUGUAUCACAUUCCAAAAGCGAAAACGUUGAAGAUAAAAACGAAAAUAUCGAAAACAAUGAUGUUAAUACAGAAAACGAAAAAGAUUCAAUAUCAAAUAGAAAGAAAAUCAAAGCUAGUAAGGGUAAAUUAAAAGGUAAAAAGAUAAUUAAUAGUAAAAUACAAAUUAGUGAAGUAAGUAAGGAUGAUAAUGUUAGUGAUAAGACGAGCAAAGCGCUUAAAAGAAGUUUGUUAAAUAAAUCAUUUAAUGACAAAAAUAAAUCUGAAUCUCAAAGUGACAGUGAAGACGAAGAACCAGUUAACAGCGGGAAAAGAUUGAAAUUCAAACCAAAAAAGAUCGUAACCAAAUCGAGAAAGAAAAUUGAAGCUAAAAUUAUGGAGAAAUGCUCCAGCGAAUCAGAAGAUGAAACUUUAUAUAGUUUAGGUAAAAAAUCGGCUAAGAAAGUAUUAAAGAAGAAACCUAAAGCUAAGGAAAAAGAUAAGUCAGCUACAAACAUGACAGACAACGACACUCCAGUAAGACAGUCCAGACGGAUAGCGCAGAUGAAGAUAAAGGAGGAGGCGGACAGGAGGCACCUCGAGGAGGUCACAUUGAGGGAACUUAAGAUGAUUCAUAAGAAGAAAAGCAAGAGGGAGGAGGAGGGCGAGGAGGAGUGGCGCGCGAGCGGUAGCAGCUCGGAGGAGGGCGGUGGGGGGCGCGCGCGCCGCCCGCCCGCCUGGCGCUCAGACUCCACCGGACCAGAGCCCGACACGGACUCCGACGAGCCGCUUUUCGAACACGACGAACCUGAAUUGGAGGCUCCCAGAUCAGACCAUGAGUUCUCCCCGGAGUCGGACCUGGAGAGUGGGGAUUAG